GGGGCAAGGGCUUCCAGGGCGAGGCUCCGAGGCAGAAGCAAAGAAGUGGAAAUCAGUCUCCAGCCGAGGUCCGUGGGAGCCGGAGUACCCGGGCCUCUGCAGGGCAGCCUGGAGCUAGGCUUGGCUCGGCCCUGCCCCACGAGCAGGCGGAGGCUGGACGCGCCCAGGACCUGGAGGAGAUGCCCUGGAGGAGGGGGCCGGGUGGUCAAGAACGGCCCAGAGCCUCGGCCAUUCCCAGCGAGCAGGGCCGGGCCCGUGGCAAAGGUGCCGGGACAGGCCAGCGGCCCCCACAGGGGCAGAGGCGGGAGGCCGCCGACCCCUGGUGGUGGCAGCAGGCAGCUGGGGCGUGCGUGGGUGGCAGCGAGGAGGGGCGGAGGGAGGAAGCUGGCUUCCUGAAGCCUUCUCAGCCCUCAAAGACAGGCCAACAGACAGACAGACAGCUGGCGAGAGGCGCUGGGGGACACAGCUGCUUCACUGUUGCCUCCCCAUGUGCGCUGUCGCUCAAGGGCUUGGUGAGGCCAUUUCCUGUGACGGUUACCGACCGAGGCGGGCUGGGGGGGGAUGGGCAGAGGAGGAAGGAAACACCCCCAGCCUCCGUCAUUGGACAGAGACCCCAGGAGCCAGGAUGCCCCUGGGGCUGCAAGUGCCAGCAGCCUGCACGCCCGGGGCCCUGGCUGGCUCCAAGGCUGCAGGAGGCCUCCACUUUCUCGUCCAGAGGAGGCCCCCAUACACCCAGAAAGGGUGUGUGUGAGCCUUUCUUCCAUCCAGAACCGCUGUAUUCCCCCCUCGCCCUCCCUGACCUGGCCUCCAGCGUGGGGCUGGGGCAGCACCCCGCCCCGCCCCGCCCCCCGAUUCCUUCCUAUCUUCACCCACAGUCUCUACCCUUCAUCUUGCCCUUACUCUAA